CUGUGUGUGUGGACAUAAUAAUGAGAUGAUAUUGUCCAUGGCUCAGAUGCUGAUUUACUCCCACAUGCAAGAACAAAGAAAGUGUUUCUACCAGCACCGAUGAGAGUCCAGCAACAGCACAACACACACAGACGCUCCUCAGACACUAGUGAAUCAGUGUUCGGUUGAGGAUCAGUCAUGGCAAACACAGGUCUUCAGGUGAUGGGUCUGGUCCUGGGCGUGGCAGGCUGGGCGUUCGGGAUCCUGGUCUGUGCUGCCCCCUGGUGGCGCGUGUCGGCGUUCGUGGGGGACGAGCUGGUGGUGUCUCAGGUGCUGUGGGAGGGGCUGUGGAUGACGUGUCUGUCGCAGUGGGGCCGUCUGCAGUGUAAAGUCUAUGACUCCGGCCUCGCCCUCUCAGGCUCCGCCCAGAUGUGCCGCGCCCUGUGCGUGCUGUCGCUGCUCCUGUGUCUGCUGGCGCUCCCGCUCUGCGUGACCGGGCUCAAGUGCACGCGCUGCCUGGGGGACGCGCACGAGACCAAAGCUCGGCUGGUGCGGGUCGGCGCCCUGCUCUUCGUCGCGGCUGCGUUUUUCUUCUUUUUGCCAGUGUGUUGGACUGCGUAUGUCAUAAUACGUGAUUUCCACGACCCGAACGUUGCUGCCCCACUGAAACGCGAGCUAGGAUCGGCGCUCUACCUGGGAUGGGGCGUGACUGUGCUGAUACUGGUGGGAGGGGCUUUGCUGUAUUUAGGCUCCACCUCCCCUGGAGCUCCAGCCGUGCCUGUUUUUGGAAAAAGCGCCAAAGGAAACCCUCAGUCCACAGCAGAGAGCAAACCUGAGAAAGUCUUUGUGUAAGAGAGUGUAAAAGACUCAGCCUGGAUAAACUGUGUCCUAGUGCUCACCUAGAAGCCUUAAUCUGCAGGAAUAUUAUCAUGUAUUCACUGUUAUGUAUUUCAAAAUCUGUACACUGUUGUUCCAUAGACUUUAUGCAGCUUAUUUAUUUGAUUUUAAUUGGCUCUUUAUUAUCCAUGUUUAUGUACAAUUGCAUUUGCCCUGCUGAAGAAAAAAAACAACAACAGCUAAACCCAGCUUACACUGGUUGGCUGGUUUUAGCUGGUCUGGGGUUCAUUUCCCAAAAACAACUAUGGUCGCAAGUUCUGUCUUUAUCAAUAGACUUCAGUGGAACUAACGACAAUAGUUAGCUAACAAAGCUUUUGGGGAACGCACCUAAGCUGUGAGACCAGUUAAAACAACCAGCUAAAACCAACUAAGACUAGCUAAUCAGGGUUUGUUUUUUUUUUUUGUUUUUUUCAGCAGGUAUAUCAGUAAACAGCUUAUUCACAACACACAGAAACAUUUAUCAAUGAUGUUAUGAUACUCUUAUGGUACUUUUGAAAAUGCUUUUGACAGCUUGUCUCCGUGUGGAAAAGAGCUGUCUGGUGCUUUCUCUGAAUUUCUACUUGUACUAAAAUGAAUAACAUUUGCUUAUAAUGACAUAAUGGUGUAUGACAUCCUCUUUAUUUCUAGAAAGUUAAAUUUCAUUAAGAAAUCGUAACCUCUAAUUCAUUCUUACAUUGAAUCUAAAUACAUUUCCAAGCCUUUAGCGACUAACUUUGAUUCCUGAUGGAUAUUUCACAUGCUAUAUGAAUGUCAGUAAUUAAGUUACUCUGAUUUUGUUGUAUCACAGCCUCACAUAUUGCUCUUAUGUCUUUUUUCAAUGCUCAGAAUAAUUAAUGUUUAUCUCAUUUGGUUUUUUUUUAUUGAUGUGUCACUGUGUAUUAUUUGUCUAAUAAACCUAAUAGAAUAAUGUA